AUGUCUUUCCCAUCUCACUACACCCGGGCCGCCUUCAAAGAGGCUGGUGGGAAACUCAUCAUCGAAGAGGUCGAGUUGACCCCGCCGGGUCCUGGUGAGGUCCUCGUGAAGGUCGAGGCGUGCGGUGUCUGCUUCUCCGACACCGCUGCCCAGACGUUUGGCAUGGGUGGUAAAUUCCCGAUUACACCAGGCCAUGAGAUUAUUGGAAAUGUGGUCGCCACAGGCGAUGGUGUCAAGGACUGGAAAGUCGGCGAUCGUAUUGGUGGAGGCUGGCACGGAGGCCACGAUGAAGAAAGCAUGAGGUGGAGGGGAAAGCUGACCUUUACAGGUUCUUGCGGUUCGUGUCGCAAGGGCCACUACCAAAUGUGCGAGAGCCAGGACAUCAAUGGCUUGACAAAGAAUGGUGGAUAUGCUCAAUAUGUUAUUCUCCGCGCCGAGGCGGGCGUGGCAGUCCCUGCUCACGUCCCAGCCGCGGAAUACGCCCCAAUUCUCUGCGCGGGCCUGACAGUCUUCAACUCAAUGCGGCAAAUGGCCGUCAAACCUGGCUCUACAGUUGCUAUCCAGGGACUUGGCGGUCUCGGCCAUCUCGCCAUCCAGUACGCGAACCGGUUUGGUUACCGCGUCGUCGCUAUCUCUCGUGACGAUCAGAAGGAAAAGUUUGUACGAGAUCUCGGUGCCCAUGAGUACAUCAACACCAGCAAAGAAGAGGUUGGACCCGCGCUUCAGAAGCUGGGAGGCGCUUCUUUGAUUGUAGCCACCGCGCCCAACGCUAAGGCGAUUUCUCCGCUGCUGCAAGGUCUUGGACCUCUCGGAAAGCUCCUGAUUCUUGCCAUUCCUGGUGAGAUUCCUCUUGAUUCGGCACUUAUGGUCAACAAAGGUCUUUCCGUUCAUGGAUGGCCCAGUGGACAUGCAGUUGAUUCAGAGGAAACUCUUCGUUUCACUGAAUUAGAGAACAUCAAGUGCAUGGUCCAGACCUUCCCUCUCGAUCGUGCCAAUGAAGCGUUCGAUGCAAUGAUUUCCGGGUCCGUGCGAUUCCGUGCUGUGAUCACCAUGCAGUAA